AUGACACUGGACAAAGAACCUCCUUCGUCGCCCGCACCAGCCUUUUCUUCUACCGACCAAGCUUUGUCGUACUAUAAGUCGCAGUACGAACAACUAGAGGCAGAACUUUCUGAAUUCCAAACAUCCAGCCGGGAGUUGGAAGCUGAGCUUGAAAAGGAUAUAGAGGCGUCAGAGAAGAGGGAGCGACAGCUUCGCGAGAAGGUUGAAAGCCUUGGUUACGAAGCGGAGGAAUGGAAAGCCAAAUACAAACAAUCCAAGUCAGAAGGAAAUGCGGCGCAAAAUGCACUGCAAAAAGAAAUAACAUCACUCAGAGAUACCAAUCGAACCAUACAGUUACGGCUUAGAGAUAUUGAGGUUGCAAACGAUGAUUUCGAACGCCAGGCAAGGAAUACGACAUCCUCACUUGAAGAUCUUGAGUCGAAGUACAACAUGGCCAUAGAAAGAGGGGUCUUGCUGGAAGAGGAAGUUAAGACCGGAGAGCAAGAGCGAGAGAGUCUGAGAAUCGAGACGCAAAGACUUCGGGAUGAGCUCUCUGAUCUCAGAAUUGAGGCCGAGAUCACCCAAGAGAAGCUACGACACUCUGAGGCUGCUAUAGAGCGACAGAGGCUCCAAAAGAUACCCAUUCUACCGGUUGCGCCACGCUCGCCAACUUCGGAAGCGUCGCCGAGGUCUAGCGCCUCACUCUCAAUUGCUACGCCACCAGCAGGGGAGUCGUCAUCUUCGACGGUAUCAGGGACCCCUUCUCCACCCUCACCCGUUUCCGAAGCAUCUGUGAACGUUGGGACACAAUCUGGGAAGAUUGACAAAAACGAGGGCUCGAUCGGAGAACAUGCCAAACCACGCUCGAUGCAUCCAGUUCCGGCGAAGGGACGCUCCUCAAUUGGGCGCUUAGGGCCAACCUCAGGCUCUACCUAUACGCCUUCUACAGCACGGCAAUUAAGGUCAGCUCGGAUGCAUGAUCUUGAGCCAGUAGGCCUGCCGCACUCUAGCUCACUCCAUCAAAUUCGAGGUCUUAUCGGAAAAAUGCAGAAGCUUGAACAGAGGGUACACUCUGUUCGAUCCAAACUUCCGGCGCCCGCAAAUACCCCUCCACGUGGAUCCCCUCGCAGCAAUUCCGCAUUGGGACAUAACUACGUACCAUCCACUGUGACUGUACGAAGUAACAAGAAGCGCCUUGGCGGAAGCAACGCCAGCACUAUCUCACCCCUGAGGGAUUUCACUGAACCGAGCCCGCUCUCCACUCGGCGAGUGAGCCGGUUCUCUGCUACUGCAGGGUCUGCUGCAGCAUCGGAGCCGGGGUCGAUCAGUAGCCGGCCCAGCAGCCGGGCGAGCCUCUCCGCUCGCGGCUCCGUGAGCCAGCUCGGCCGCCCACCCAGCCGAACAAGCUUGACAGGCGCGAGGACACCUCUCGGCUACUACUCGCACGGGGCGAUGAAUGACGGCCGACGACCUCGAUCUUCUGUCAGUGGCAGCUAUGCAGGUUUCCAUGGGCACGGGCAUUCGAUGAGCGUUAGCAGUAUCGAUGAAAGAGAUGAUCUGUCUACACCUACGCCUCGACGGUUGGUCGGAGUCAAGCCUGAGCCGGGAUCAGGCAUCCCCACGCCAUCCGGGCUCCCUCGAAGACAGAGCGGAGGAGGGCCAGGGUAUGGGGCAAGUGGUAUUCCCAUGACACCGGGGGCGCGGCGUGCAAGCUCUAGCUUAGGUCAUCGGACCACCGAUGUUCAUUCGCAACAUGGAACGAGGCUGAGCGGAGUGGGCGAGACCUAUUAG